UUUUGUUUAUCAAUUCGAUAACGGAUGCUGGGAUUCAGCUUGCAGAUCGACGCGAGAGCCGCAUAUCCUUCGAUUAUUUAGACACACGUCGGCGUACCGAUCGUAUUAAUCUCGCAAUUUAUAACGCCUUUUAAUAUCUACCGUUUCGUACAAUUUAUUAAAUUUACAUAUUGAUCAUAGGCCCAGCGUCAGCCGCGCUACUUGAAAAAGCCAAGGCCGCGACCGGCUCGAAACGAGAGACGAGGGACAUCGGCGAUCGUUAUGUCGAGCGACGAGUUUCGCUGAAGUUUACGAAAUUUUCUAGACGUCCCACACGUCUGUAGGUAUACCACAUAUACCGCGAACUCGCGCGAGCGGGAGGAGUAGGAGGAGGACGUGAUCCCUCGUCUGGACGGGGUAGAUCAUCGAGCGGCAGGUAAUCGAUAAGCCUGCAACAAAUCGGAGUGACGUACGCCGCUGCUCGGGGUAUAUAUUCUACAUGCGCCUCAGGAGAAAAGCUCAGCUUUCUCUCUCUCUUUCUUUCUCUCUCGCGGGAGAGAACGCCACGGACGGACCCGGCGCGGCGUAGGAUAUCAACAGGCGUGAAGAAGUCGGCGGACGCGUCCAUCGAGGUUCCAGCCUCCCUCUCGGGACGCGACCCUCGAGGAGAAUCUCCUCGAGUCGAGUCGUAUCUAUAAUCGAAGGUAAAUCGCGGCGGCGGCGAAGACGACGUCUAGCCGGAGAGAGUGAGACGGAGAGACAGAGGGAGAGAGGAAGAGAGAGAGAGGGAGCGAUUGCGAGGGUGCUCGACGCAUUCUCUUCCCCGUAGAUGAUUCACGAGCUACACGUCAUGUACGAGCGGUCGUAAUAGAUGCGGUUUUUUGGUGUAUCGACACGGCCAAGUGUGAUCCCGGGGUGAUCGCGUAUCCGACCUAAACGGCACGCGCAUCCCCGACGUCGACGGAAAGAGGGUGUCGAGUAAACAUCGUUUACCGCGGCAAAGGAGACGGACGACCUGGAGCCUCGCCUCGUGCGUCCCGAUUGAAUUUGCGAGUUCGAUUGAACUCGCGCGGCGGGAUACGAAGGAAAAUUGCGGCCGCAACAGAGAGAGAGAAAGAGAAAGAGUGAUACGCGGCCGCGCGAGUUAUCACGUUGCGCGACUUAUCGGCCUGCAUUGAUCUUGUAUACGGGCGGCGACGGCGACGGCGAAGCAGCGAUCGGAGCAAAUUGGAUCGUGGCCGCAAACGUGACCAAGGAAACACACUUGACGUCUCGACCUCGCGUGCGGGCGGACUAACGCGAUCCCGCGAGCUCGAAAAAUAUCGUAUAUCGGGAUAAGCGCUCGCCGUGUUGUCUCUCCCCCGAUCGAUCUGCAACGAUUUGCAAUUAACGGCUUUGUUCUCCUUGGAGUAGCGACGCUGACGAUUGAUACGAUCGCGGUGAAGGAUAAAGUUGAGAGAAGGAGGAAUUCGCUAGAUCGCGAGGCGAGAUCAUUGCGAGGGGGGGGGGGGGGGGAAGGGGGGGGCGAUUUCUAUAGCUUCUCUCGGCCGCCUUUGCGGAUGACUGUCCGCAAUCGCGAUGAUAGAUCGAUACAGAUAAAAAUGCGCAAGACGCUGAAGCCGAUCGAAGGAAAUUCGGUGCCGCGAACUGUACAAUUUAAUUGUUAUCUGUCGUUUUACCGCGCAACAGGCUCGUUGUAACAGAGACGCGUUGAAAUUCCACGAACACUAUGCAAAAUUCUCUAGACGUCAUCCGGGAUCCUCCGUUCGCGAUCGCUAAUGUUUAAAUAAAUUAAACCGAGAAACUGUUUAUUUUUUAUCGCAGAGCGCGCGGUAUGACAACAAUGUCUUUGAAUUUUACGUCCAAUAAUAAUCCGACAUCGCUUUUGUCCGAUACAGAAAAGAUGGCCAUCGCCGCCUCGGAGAAUUACCAGCUCAAGUGGCACAGCUACGGGGCGCAUCUGCACAGCUCCGUCGCGACUCUGCUCCACUCGGAAUCCUUCGCGGACGUUCUGCUGGCCACGUCCUGCGGACGGCACGUGGCGGCCCAUCGAUUCGUCCUCGCGGCCUGCUCGUCCUAUCUCAGUCACAUUUUCCAGACGUGCCAUUUCGGCGCGAACACCAAUGCACCGAUAAUCGUGGUAUUGCCCACGGAGAUCGGAUACCGCACGCUAAAAAUCCUGAUACAGUACAUGUACAGCGGCGAGGCCACUGUGACGAACGAUCAGCUGGAGGGAGUCCUGAAGGCCGGCGACAUCCUACGUGUGCGUGGACUGUGGAGAUCGAAUACCGGCAGCAGCAAGAAAGAGAACAUACAGUCGAACAAUCAGAAGAUCGAGCGCGACAAGCGGGAAACGUCGCAGCUGGCCGGGCAGAUACAGAAGAUCAAACUGGUACAACCGACCGCCGAGAAGGUAAUCGAGAACGUGCAACAGGCGGCCGCGGCCUGCCAAAAUAAUAUACAGACGGCGAAGUCGGUCGAGAGGAAGAGCACCGAGAAGAUCGAGGACAAGGCCAACGAAUCCGAGACCAAAAAGGUCGCGGAGGAGAAAAGUAACGAGCAGAGCAAGAACAAGGAGAAUCUUGAGACAAAUGGCAAAAAGAAGAAAGCCGUUAGCAGCGACGUCGAGUCGAACAAGUCGAAGAGCGAAGGCGAAAACACCGAACUAAAUCUGGAACUGUUGGUGAAGGACGAGCCGAUCGAUUGGGAAGAGUCAAUCGAUCCGUCGGAAUCGCUUACGAUAGACCAUGAGAUCGAUAUCAAACCGGAGAUCGUACAUAGCGCGGACGAGGACGGAGACAUGGAGGAGGAGGAAUAUACACCGCUGACGUGCGACAUGUGCAGUCAAACGUUUAACAGACCGUCGGACUGGGUGAGGCAUAUAGAAUUCACGCAUGCUGACAUGACUGAAAAUCGGAGAAAGAAACGAAAGGACGAUAUGAGCGACGACAGCAAGGAUUUCCCGCCUCUCAAGUGCGAUCUAUGCGGCAACAUGUAUUCCACGCCGCAGGAAUGGGUGCGUCACAUACAGACGGAGCACACGGAGGAGCAGUUGGCCUUGAUGAACAAUUCGGCGCCCCCCAAGCCGAAAAGGGUUCACAAUCACCAAAAGUUAUGCAACAUAUGUCAAAAGGAAUUCCCGAGUCACGCCUCGAUGGUCAUCCACCAAAGAACGCAUACGGGCGAAAAGCCUUUCCUUUGCUCCUACUGUAAAAAAGGCUUCAACGUAAAGAGCAACUUACUGAGGCAUUUAAGGACACUGCAUGACAAAUACGUACACCCUAGCUUAUACGGGAGUAACGGUAGCACGAACGCUUAAAGACCUUUCACAUUUCUUUCUGACGCAACAAUAUAUAUGUAUAUGUAUAUAUUGUUUUGCAUAGCGUUUCAGUCGUGGAGAGACCAUACAGUAUCUUAUGUAUAUUCAAUAUUGACUACGUAGACUGAACGCGUAUCUAUAACGUAUAAAAAGGAUGCCAAAUCGGAGCACGACAUGACGAACUAACCGAGUCAAGAUCUGUGUGAAUCUCCACCGAGAGAAAGCAUAACUGAGCGCAUUUUAAAAAUUCACAACGCAUAUUGGAGAGAAAUCUAUACAAACUAUUUUUUCUAAAGAGUAGUAUUGUCGCAUUCUUUAUAUAAUAAUCUUCUUUUCAAUAAUGUAUAAAACAAUAGAACUCCUCUCUCUCAUUAAAUAACUUUCGAUUGAGUUGAAACAAGAAAGCAAUAUCAGGGUCUUAAUACCAAAGAGGCUGAUUAAUAUUGCCAAAACGUCUCAUUUGAAUGUUUUAAAACUUCUUUUUUUCCUAAUGUAGCGCACGUAUAUAUAUUAAAAAAAGUUACUUGUUUAACAAGAUUUUUGUUUAAAGACGAAGAGGACAAAUGAUGAAUGAUUUUACUAUUUAUAGAGAUCUGACGAGGAGUGCUUGCGUGUAAAAUAAUUCUAUAGUAUAAAUCAAUAUUUAAUGAUUAAUUAUUAACUUCAUUAUUUAGAGUAAUUAUAGGAUAAAUCCAAAUUAUGUAAGAUUUAACUGUAUACUACUUCUAGGCUAUUCCAUCCAUGAUAGCCCUCUUAUUCCCUCAGCUCGUAAGUUAAUUAUGUAUUUUUAUAUUAAAGUAGCGUAUACACACAAACAUAUACGAAGUAAGAUUGCAUUAAGCAAAACUUGAAAUUUCGAUCUAGGCUAGGGUAUAAGAAUAACGUAUAACAUUCAAAAUUUAUCAAAUUUUUUGAAAAUAUAUUGAGUUCUUCUUACAUAUAAAAAAAAGAAAAUGCGAUAUUAUCAAAAUACUGUCACAGUCUCCGGAACGUUAAUAAUGUGAAUAUUGAUUAAGAGGAUGACACCAUUUUGCUAUACCUGCUAAUCAUUGUGUCACUCUACUAUAAAUUUUAGUGUCAAUUCUGCAUUGCGCUAGCACUGUGACGAAAGCCAAAUAACUUUUAAAUGUAAAAUUACAAUAAUAUAUUACCUUAAAAGUAC